AUGAAGUGCUCUGACAAGCACCAUUCGUCUCUUCACGACGCCUUCACCGCCGUGGCCCUACCUGCUGCCGGACCAUCUUCCGCGAUGACGACCCACGUCGCCAGGCGACCGACGGUGGAAUGUCGAUCAGCGCUUCUGGCAACCGCACGCGUGUUAGUGGUUGAUCGCGCGGGCACUCGCCACGACGUCCGCGCCCUGAUUAACCCGGGUUCGGUGACAUCACUGAUCGCGGAAUCACUGGCACAACGCCUUUGCCUACCGCGGACUCCCUCCUCAGUAGCCAUCUUCGGAGUAGGUGGCAUCCAGUCAGGCGUAUCUCGAGGGCGAACAGCGGUCACCGUCUUCUCGCGCGACGGGCACUUCGCGCUCGCCGCAUCACCGCUCGUGCUGCCGCGCCUCACCGUGUACGGUGGCAUUCUUGAGGGAAAAGCUCGCUUAUGGCCGCACCUUGAUGACCUCGACCUCGCGGAUUCUGAAUUCCACCGCCAGGAUCCCGUGGAAUUGCUGCUCGGUGCAGACGUCUACCUGGAUAUCGUCAUGCCGGAGGGUCUUUGUAGAGGAGGGCCGCAGGAGCCAGAAGCGUUGCUGACGCGCUUCGGAUGGGUGCUGUUGGGCGCCGUUGGGGCCUGCCACAUCACGAACCCCGUGUCGUCGUUGCAGUGCAUCACAGUAGAGGACCUUGCUGAGCUGGUGCGUCGUUUCUGGGAAACGGAGGAGCUUCCCCGUGCCGUCCUUCCGCUGACCGCUGACGAGCAGGUGUGCGAGGACCACUUCUUGCGUACCCAUCGACGACUAGCCGACGGCCGCUAUCAGGUUCGACUCCCGCUGCGAUCGAGGCUGCCGGACCUCAGCUCCACCCAUCGCGCCGCAUCACGUCUCCUCGACGUCAUGAGGCGUCGCUUCAAUCGCGACGACAAUUUUGGGGUGCUGUAUCGCGAUUUCAUGAGUAUUAUUUUCGAGUACAUCACCUUCGAGCACAUGACACUCGCUGCCUCUACUGUGGCUUCACCAGGUGAUCACCGGAUCAGCUUCUUGCCGCAUCAUGGGGUGCUGCGGACUUCGACUGCCGGCUCCAAGAUCCGCGUCGUCUUCAACGGAUCAGCUCGCACGGGCGCCGGGGCAUCACUCAACGGUGUGCUGCACGCUGGGCCCAACCUGCUGCCGUCUCUCGCUGAUGUCCUGACUCGAUGGCGGCGGCACCGGUACGUCUUUAUCGCCGACGUCCAGAUGAUGUACCGGCAAAUCCAACUUCAUCCGGACAAUCAAGACUUGCAACGGAUCCUGUGGGCAGAAGACAACGAGGUCAACAAGUACCGGCUAAAUACGGUCACGUAUGGCUUGGCGAGCGCACCAUACCUUGCCAUACGAGUGCUGCGGCAGCUUGCGUCGGACAAAACCAACCGCUUCCCGCUCGGUGCCGACGUGCUGCAGCACGACGUGUAUGUGGACGACAUACUUACCGGAGCUGCUGACCUGAACACGGCUCGCUGCCUCCUGGGACAGGUAACCUCGUUCUGCAUGGCGGGCGGCUUUUCUCUGAGGAAGUGA